AUAUUUACUUCACAGGAAAUUAUGUGACAAAAGUUCAAAUCAAGGCAUCCUCCCGUCGGUUUAGUUUACACUGACAUUUUCAUGUCGACAUUUUUUAAAAAUUAAAUGUUUUCCUAAAUUUUCCGAAAAUUUCAACUCCUUACUUUUAUUUAGCCAACUAAUUUUAUCGUUCCUUGCUCCAAAAAUGAUCAGACUUUUUAAAUCAUCAGGUCUUCCUAUCCUGAAAGCAAACUCUAGCAUCCUCAAGGAUAUGAACCUUUCCAUAUUUGGGAAACGACUUAGUUCUCAGAUAUCAUUUUGUUCUGGCAACCCACUUCGCAAAAAAAUAUUAACUCCUAAUAAUUUGAAUGGCUGGGAAGUCGGUGUUGGACUACGAGAAUCGAGUACCAAUGGGGGAGGAGGAUCAGGCGUUUGUAAAAUCGAUUUGCCUUUCAGGUUUAAACUAAAUGCAGAUCAACUCGUAUCCUAUCAAGCUGGUAUGCAAUAUGAAAAUGUCGGGGUAAAGGGAAACCUGAGAGGUGAUGGAAGGCUGUGCGCGGCCAAUGGCUUCAAACCAUCUGCAGGAUAUAAACGGGCAGAGGAUCCGAUUGUGAAGUCUCCUUUGAGACAAUUGGACCUUCUGAAAAACAAGCGUUCUGAAGUAGUGUCAGAAUCUACAUUCCGAAGCAAAGCUUCGAUUUAUAGUAGAAAUCCUGACGAACUAAAUAAUUUACUUCUGGAUGCACGGAAGCUGUUGCCGCUAGCUACUACUGCUGUAUUACCUCCCAAAAGCGGUGAUUCUGAUUCGAAACAUAAUGGUGAUCUAAAAGCAAAGUCACAUCAUGAAGAGAAAACCCCAUCUAAACCAAGCACACCUGAUAUUCAGAAUCCACCUUCCAUUAAUAUUAUUGGGUCUGACGAGCAUUCGUCUGAAAAAUGUCCCAGAAUAUCAGUGUGCUCUCCAGAAACUGUAAAAGCCAGGCAGUCAACCGAAAAUGGCUCACAGUCAGAGAGAGAAAACGAGAAUAAGGGGCGUAAUCGUUGCGCCAUGAGAAGGCAUGCUCGCUCAUCCAAAGCAACGGCUGCAGGCCGGUAUUGUGCAGGAGGGCGUUGUGAAGGAAGAAAAGGACACCAAGGAUUCGUUCUCCCAGGCUCAACUGAGAAGUCUCGAAUUAAACACCGUGGAAAGAAAAGUGGGAAGCCUAGUAAUCGUUGCGAUAAAGAAUGCUAGGUAGGAGGAACGGAAGGAAUAUAUACUCGAAUGCUCAACAUCAUAGUAAAAAGCGAGUCGAAUAAAUUGCCAGGCCUAAUUUUAACCAUAUUACAUAAACUAACAUUUUCAAUAAAUUCUGACAGUGACUGAUUUUAA